AUGGAUUGCAAUGCUAAAUCUUGUGCAACAUGCACUCACACUUGUUGGUUGGUUCAUAGGAGGAAGAGCUCAUCACCUGUCGUUGCGUCUUUUUUCAAAGUCAUGCUUGGCGAUGACUUUUCUGAAGUCUUGUUCUUGCCUCCCAAGUUUGCUAGUGAGAUGUCGGGAUUGGUUGGAGAAAGUGCCUCCCUUGAAGAUGCAAAUGGGAAGCAAUGGGAAGUAACGGUUUCGAAUGUUAAUGGCUUCCUUGCUUUUCAUCAAGGAUGGAGUAACUUCGCAUCGAGCCAUGAUCUGGAACUUGGAGAUUUCGUCGUGUUUUUUCAGCUAAAGCAAUCACUUUUUGUAGUUAAGAUUUAUGAUAGAACGGCAUGUGAAAGAGUGAGCUUUGGUAGGAAAUGCUUUAAGAGGAGAAAGAUUAAGGACGACAAUAGUUCCACUGGGAAAGAUGGUCCACCACGUACCUCUACUGCGUCCUGUUCUGAUGUCGAAGUGUGCUGUAUGCUCAAUAGAAACUUGGGAGAACAACAAGAAGAGGAUCGGAUAUGUAACUUUGACUUGUCUCUUUUCGAAACGUGGAGCUACUCUGGCAGGGAGGGAAGCAACAAAGCCGAUGCAACGAGCGUGAUAUCUCCACAUCAAGUAGUUCAAUCGAUAGCAAGGGGAGCGUUG